CAGGUAUUUGGUCAUAAAAAAAAAAAAGUCAAAGUAUUGCACACGCUCUAAUUUUGACCUGAUGAUGGCACCAGAUGCAUAGCCAAGGGGUCGCCAGAGCUAUUAAAAUUUAUGGCGAGGGCAACACGAAUGUCAUUGAAAAGGUUUUCACUCUGAUCCAUCGAAUAGUUGAGAUGUUUCGCUAAAAUCACAAAUGUCGACGUCGGAGUGGAGACAGAGGAAAAGUGAGGGGGUCGUACAAAAAAAAAAAAAAAAGUCAGGUGUAGUUUCUCCGGACCAUGAAUUCCUGUGAAGGAUUUCACAUGAAUCCGUCCAGUGUGUUGUUGAGAUAUGUCGGUCUGGACCCAAGUGGUUGACCGACUGACAAGCGCAGCUAAAUAACAUGAAUUGUGUGGGAACCUUGUUUGCGCCGAAUUGUAAAGUUUGGGACCGACGACGACAGAAGUUCUUUGUUUGCAAAGUAAUGUUUUACAUAAGAAAACUGGGCUGUUUUCAGAGGAAAAAAGUUCCACCUCCGCAAUGGUUCGUUAAACUAAGGCGGGCUGGGUGCUCGUUUGGACAUGACACAACAACUAACCAACAACUGUCACUGCUGUACUGCAGUAACUACUACAGUAUUUCUGCUCAGUGCUGGUGGUUGUUGCAGUACUGUGUGUGUGCGUGUGUUUGUGUGUGUGUGUGUGUGUGUUGGUGGGGGGGUGCAGUAACAGCAGCAGCUGUGGAUCAGAUUUCAGCUGCUAAAACUGAAGCGGAGCGAACCAUCCUGCUGCAGGGAGCAGCUUUCUGCUUACAACAACCACGGCACCCAACCUGAGGCUCCUGCAGGCCGACAUGUAUGUUAAAAUAGCUUGUACUCAUAUGGAGAAGUAAUGUUUUAUAGAAAUCUGUCAUAUCACAUUGUUAUUAAUAGGUAGUGGACAAACCUGCAAACACUAACCCCCCCCCUACCAUUGUGGUAAACCUGUGAGUGGAUCCUUCCAGCUCUUUAUUCAGGCUGUGAGGGGAAGGCAGAGCCACAGUCAGUGCUGGUGAGUGCUGAGUACACUACAGUCACUGGCCAAAAACUGAGGAAAAAAAAAAAAUAAGAGCUUUUUAUCAGCUAGAAAACGCUCAACACCCCUCAGCAGCUCACUUCAGUUCACCAAUCAGAGCUGUAAGGAGCCGAUUUGACUUUCAGAGAGGUGAAGAAGAGUGAUUAGAGAAACAGAGGAGGGCGUGACAGGGAGCCAGCCGGGCAGGCAAGCUGCUGCUGCAAGGGGAGGAAGAGCAGGCUAUGCACCAGCCAAAGCCAGAGGUCAAGAAAAAAAGCGAAAGAAUAGUCAAAAGGUAGACUCCGGGUGACAGGGAGGUCAUUUGCGAUCUGAGCCAGAAAAAACAGAAACCAGACUCUCUUUGUUGUUGUGUGGGCAACCGUGCGGAGAGGAGGAUGUGAAGGAGAGCAGCAGGGAGGAAGGGAGGCGACGGCAAGAAAGACAAGAAAAUGCUCUCAGAGAUGAUGUGCAGGAGGAGCUGCCAGCAGCAGCAGGAUGGGAAAGAGGCUCCACACAGGGACGCUGCCAGCCGCAGGAAUCACGGCUGGUCCAAGAGCUGCAGGGGGCGCCUGCAGGGGCGGAGGACAAGAGGGGGAGGGUGGCCGAGAGGGCGCAAUCACCACCACCAGCACCCUCAACGUCAUCAUCCUCAUCACCAUCACCCCCAACACCUCCAGAGGCCGGUGAUGUCACUCCGGCCCAUUAACGUUAAGGGAAACAGAGCGAGGGGGAUGCGGGCCCCCAAGAACACCAACCAGUUUCUGAUGCACGAGAAGUACCAGAUGCUGCACAUGCGCUCCGACUCAGUGGGGAGCGACAGCGGCAGCAGCUCCGACAGCGACACGGAGCUCACCGACAUGGACUCGUACCUGGGCGUCCUGGAGAAUGCCAGAGGAGCCCUCCUGGACAGUCCCAACCCACACAGCUCAACGACGCCACCAGGGCAGAUCCUGGUACUUCCAGAGGACAGUCUGCGACUGCACGAAGACAGUCUGCGUCUGCAGGAGGACAGUCUGCGACUGCACAAAGACAGUCUGCGUCUGCAGGACGGCCUGCAUCUGCACGAAGACAGUCUGCGUCCGCAGGAGGACAGCUUGCAGUAUUUCCCCUCUGAAGACGACCUAAUGCAGAGCCAGAAUUUCAUGCAGAGGGACUUUGUUGAGUUCUGUGACAUCCUGACACCCUGAAGGGAAACUUUCAGGGAGCCAUUUUGUUCCCAGCAUUGUGAGACUCAAACCUCAGACUUAAUGGGGUCAGGUUUGUUCUGCUUCAUGUUCACACAAAAUGAAAAAAAAUAUCCACCUUAUUAAGUCAUUUAGCCUUAAAAGUUGAAGAAUGUGCCCACACACUGAGAUUAUUCCAUUAGAUUCCAUAAGAUAUAAACUUUUUAAAAAUAUAUAUAUUUUUAAUAAAGCAUAAUUUUAUUAACAUUCCUGCAGUUAUUUGACUUACUAUGUCUUUUUUUGAGAUACUGGCACUGAUAUUUGAAGAACAAGGGAAACUGCACUGAAAGAAAGUGGAAUCAUCUCAGCCUGUUGGCAUUUUCCUAGGUUUAAGACAUAAUUUUUCAAUUAAAUGACAUUAUUAAGAUGGAUAUUUUUUAACAGUUCCCGUUCGGUUCAUGUUUGGUCAUGUACAGUAUGUCCGGGUGCUGUAAAGUGCUGCUUUUCUGUUGUUGUUGCACACAAAGGGAGCUCGGUGGUGGGAGUGAGCCCAAACAGCCAAUCGGAGUCGAGCUGCCCGGAUUAGCCUGCAGACGAUUGGCUGAUGCAGGCUGUCAUGGACAAAAAAGCCUUUUACUGUACAGAAUAAAAAAU